UUGUGUUUUUGCAGCUCUGCUUCGUAAUUUGAAAAACUGCCCUCCGCGUUUAGACGCUCUAAAUAAACAAGCUUAUUAGCCGCAAUUCGAUGUUAAUUAAAUCAUGCAGGAGGACCUCGACGAGAGUCCCGUGGGUCUAACCGUCAGCCAGGAAGCUAUCACUAAGCGCCUGGCCGCGCUGAAUCGAUGGCAGGAUGAGCAGAGGAGACUCCUGGCGGAGCGUCAGAAUAAUCAACGCAUUCUGUUGGGUUUGGAACAACGCAAUAUGUACAAAAUGCUGGGACUACUGCAUAAGGAUGGGGAUAGUGCAGAGAACAGCGUCCUCGAGGAGGAGGAGGAUGUUGAGGAACCCUCCAUUCAAAUGCCGAGACUAAUGGAGCAUCCAGAACAUGAAGAAGUGGUCAGAACCAGCCCUCAGGUAGCUAAGCCCAAACGCCCAUUUCUGCGACGGGGAGAGGGUCUGAAGCAGCGGUUUAAAAUCAAUCCGGAUGAGUUGAGAUUGGACAAUCUUCCUCGCUACAAAUACGCCAACGCACAUCCUCAAUAUCGUACGCCUCUGAAGAAAAGUAAUAUUAAAACGCGCAAGGAUCCUGCUCCUGUUCCAGUCCCUAUGAGUGUUCCUGCCCCUGCUCCUAAAAACCAUCCCCCACUCGACCUGACCGAACAGCGCUUCCAGCAGCUCCUUAUCAGCUCCAAUAACGUUGUCAGUUCGACGCCGGAUCUCAAGUCUUCCCAUAUAUCUUCAACCACUGCCUCCAGUAUCUCCCCGAAAGUCCGUUUCAGAGACAACAGGAAAAAUGCAGGACUAGCUGACGAUGAAGCUUCCUCAGAGGCAAGUCCGUUAACAGGUGUUUGCUGGGCACAGGUGCUGGAUACUCAAAACAUUAAACCCCUCAUCCAACGGCGUUCAGCCCAAAUCCGGGUAGAGGAUGAUAGCAAUGUCAGUAUCUUUGAGUUGUUGGAACAGAAGGCCAGUGAGGGUAACUUCGAUAUGAAUUCCAGCUGCAUACGUGCCUUUAUGGCUCGCAAGGAACACCGCCGAAAUAUGGCGGAUGACUCGGAUCAGAUUGUGGUCACGCAGCAAGUACGGCAGAUGCGACUACAGCCGGAGGUUGGGGAAGUAAUCGUUCAAGAAAUUGAUGAAGAAAAUAAUGAAGAGAACGAUGAAGAGCUGGAGGACGAAGAGUCCACAGAACAAACUAUGACCAUGACCCCAAUUCAGGUGGGCAAAGCCCAAGUGCGAGUACGUUUUUCCGACUCCAAUGAUACCCACGAAUACUCCGAUGGUUCAACUCUUGCCGAUGGCUCCAACAUUCACCUCUUUGAGCAGUUUAAAUCCGCUCUAUUUCAGGCUCUGGAACAGAAAAAGAAGGGAACUGCAGCCGGCCAGCAGGCGCAGGAACCCCUAACGCAAGAUCUUCAAGAAAAAGCCAACCUGGUUCGCACUCGCCUCGAGGAAUUGGAAGCUGAAAUUGCCACAUUCAAGGAGAAAAACACCGAGCUUUUGCGUCUCAAGCAGCAGCAUGAACUCGAGAAGGCUAGGUGUGCCCAGGAACAUCAGGAGGCAAUGGAACGUGUCCACGAUGAGAAAAUUCAAGCGGAGAUCUACCUUCACGAUGAGCGAAUGAAGAUUGAGGAAGAGCGUCGCAAGUUUGAGCAGCAAAUGCGGCUUCAGAAGAGUAAUGCCAACACCAAAGAAAAGAAAGAAAUAGCCGCUCUUAAGCAGGAAGUGGAAACACUUCAACUGCAACUUAAGCAAAAGGAUCAGGCUCAUGUUUCUGCCCAAGCUAGACUGCGAGCUCAGCUUCGGGCCAGCGAAAAGGAGCAGCGCAACUACCGCGACGAGAUCGAGCUUCUGGGCAAGGAGAACAAGCGCCUGGAGCACGAACUGAUCAAAAUCAGUCGCGAAAACAACAGCAAAAUGCUGAAGGAGAUCAACAGGAAUAUUGCCCGACUGGCUCCUAAAGUGUUGCCUUCAGCUUCCGCUUCCCAACCCGUGGAUGAGAAUGGACGUCGAACUCAGUCCCUGGAUGGAAACGCUUCCGCAGCUCAUGGAAAGCAACAGGAGUCGUCUAGUCGGCGCCAGAGUAGUGGCAGUGCUCACCAGCGAAGUCGAAGCCGGUCUCUAGGCAGAACAAAAAAGAAGCCAGAGGCCCUAGAAGAGAGCUACGCUUCAAGUAGCAGUUCGGCUGAGGUCGAAGAAGUCGAGCCAAUCGAGCCAUCCCCAGGUCCAACAAAUCCAACUAAUCACCCGGCGGCUGCCAACUCAUCUAGUGAUUUUAAGCGUGAAAUUGUGAAUGCUGAUGGGAGCAGGGAUAUUUGGUAUCCCAAUGGAAAUCUUAAAAAGAUAAGCGCCGAUGGCAUGAAUAUACGCAUGCUUUACUUUAACAAGGACAUUAAGGAAACGGAUAUUAGAGAGGGAACUGUGAAGUACUACUACGCCGAAACCAAUACCUGGCAUACCUCAUACCUGGAUGGUUUGGAAAUAUUAGAGUUCCCCAACGGACAGACCGAACAUCGUCGUAAGGACGGAACCGUUGAAAUACAUUUCCCCAACAAUAGCAUCAAAGUGGUGGAUCCCAGCGAUGCGGAGAAGUUGGAGGAGUGGCGCUAUGCGGAUGGAACUCAUUUGGUGCAAAUGCGAAAUGGGGACAAGAUUCUAAAUCUGCCCAAUGGCCAGAAGGAGAUUCAUACAAAGCUAAAUAAAAGGAGAGAGUAUCCUGAUGGAACUGUUAAGUUGGUGUAUCCGGAUGGUAGCCAGGAGACUCGCUACUCCAAUGGUCGUGUGCGUCUGAAAGAUAAAGAGGGUAAACUAAUCAUGGACACUGACUAUGCCAAGUAUUAGAAUAA